AUGGCAUUCCUAGAAGAUGACGACGCCAUGCGUGCCUUUGAAGCAGCCCUGUCGUACGUGGAGCAGUAUUCUAUUGACACGUCCAUGUUUACAGUGUCCCCCUCUACAAGUGGCGCUUCUUCCGCUACUUUUGUGUCGUCUCUAGCAUCCGCAUCAGUUGAUGACAUUGAGCUCUUAUCGCCUAGUGCCACGCCAUUAGCAUCGACUUUCACAGACAUAAAUGAGUCUAUAGAGGAUGCAAGUGACACGACAAUGACGUCUCCGUCUUCUCCACUGUUUCAGCUAUCGAAUGAGGCACCUACAAGACUCGAACAGGGUCUCCCUACUUCAGAACAGACGAGGAAGCUAGGAAUUAGAGGCAGGAAGAAAACGACUGGCCGGAAAAUGCCUGUGACAAGAGGAGACCCUAAUAGAGCCAGAAACGAACGCAAAAUUGAGUUGGCAUACCUUAGGGAAAAGGUCAAGCAGAUGGAGUUGGAACUAAGAGCGCUGAAGCUCCAUCCAAGAGCAAAACCGAGAGCUAUUCGUCAUAAUAGCAAGAAACUAGAAAAAGGAUUUACAAAACAGGAGACAAAUGCAGGUUCAACAGUGUCGAGGUAUGAUUCGGUGCAGAUACCGACAGUGUGGAGGGAGGUAGCGUGUCGCCAACGCAGAAGAAGGGAGAAGGCGGAGCGGGAGAACGUCCGGCUUAAACUUAUACUGGAGAAUCAGAUUAAGAUGGCAAAGGGACUGGAGAGUUUGCUACAAAAGAGAGCAAACAAACAGGUUGUCGAGUGUUCAAGCUUGUCACAAACGAAGAAGUCCAAGUAUUCCCAGGGACGAACGCUGGAUUUUCGUGCUGAUGUAAACGAUUUCAAGGACUUGCUGGCGCAUCUGGAUAGGGCGUAUCGGGAAGUGGACACUGUGUUUGCUGCGAAUGGAUUGGCAACGAUGGAAACUACGCAUCGCGACGCUCGGAUGCGCGAAGGCGCGGACUACAUGUACCUUGAUAUAUAUGCGAACAAAGUAAUGCCUUUCGGCAUGCGCGCGACGGCAAAAGCGGUGUGGGAUCACUUUAAGGGAGCAGAGAAACAUCGCGGUAACAUGUACGAAGGAAAGGUGGCAAGGCACUUGGCAACACCAGAUACACCGGACACAAUCAUUGAGGACUUUGCGAAAGAGUUUUUUGCCGACAAUGCACGUGCGGAUUUUCAUGCGAAGCAGGUGCUGCGACGAUAUGUAGAAGAAGACCGCGAGAUUGUAAUUUGGGUAUCAAGUGUCGUUCCGCUUGAGUUCGAUGACCAGCGUGUCAAGGGUCUUGGUUUUCGUCAUCAAGGAUACGCUCUCACCAAAAGGGCAAAGGUAUCCGCACCAUACCGCGAAUUUUCACUCUUACAGUUAUGUUCAUUGGUGUCACCAGAGAAGGAGGAUCACACGGUGUAUGACCCCGCGGCUGUGCGUGCAUUAACAGACUUCAUGUUGGGAACCGUGGCGGGCAACAUCACGGCCAGUCAGGAACUCAUUGAAAACGUUUUGAUGGAUCAAGACGGCAUGAGCGUCUAA